CAAGAAACUACGUCGUUUUGAGUUGGACAGGAGAUAAAAUAAUUUGGCAAAGGGUUUUAGGUCUUCCGCCGCAUUGGAUUUUUUUCCGGUAACUAUUCAAUCUCUCUCUCUCUCGUUAGCCGUCGACGAAGUUUUUGUGAAAUCGUGAGAGAGUUGAUUUGAGAAGAGAUGGGAUUGGAUUACGAACCUAACGAAGAUUUUGUAGUCGCUACCACAGAGGAAGUAGACGACGCUGAAAUCAGUCCAGAGGAAGAGAUUUGGAUUCUCCAAUAUCCUUUAGGCCGAGGACCUGCUGCAACGCAGUUUCCAGAAGUCGAUGAGGACUUUCUUGAGUUUGAUAAUGAUCUUGACAAAGAAGGAAUAUUUGGAAAUUUUGUAGAUUCAUCUGGUACCAAGGUUGACCUUGCUAGCUAUCCUCCUCAAGAUACUGAGUCAACUAUGAUUUUACCUUCUGAGAAUUCGACCAUUGCUGGGAGAAUUUCUCGGCGAGUUGCGUUAGUUAGGUACGCUGAACCAAACGAGCUGCUUCAGAAGAUAAAGGCAAGAAGCCAACAGAAGCUUGUUGGAGCAGUGACGAAUUCCUCUGGGAAAUACUCUAACCCAACUCAAAGUAGCCGUCUUAAAAGCAGCAAACACUCUGCUUCCUCACGUAGCAGCAAACAGAAGAGCUUGUUCUCUAGCUUCACCGAGGCUCCAAAGUCACCCAAAAGAAAGCAUUCUAGUUCUUCCUCUGGUAAACAUGGCAUCUCGACAAGUACUUCUUCAGAACGAUUGGAAAAGUCCAAAAAGAAGAAGAUUAUGAAGAUGGAAGAGUAAUUGUUGUUCCUUAUAAACAAGUGUUCUUGACGGUUAAAGAUGUUGAGCAGACAAGAAACAGCUUAGUAUUUGUGUUGGAAUUCAUAAGUAGUUUCCAUGAUUAUUAAAGUACAAGCUUAUUAGCUUACCUUGGAACAGGUCAAAGUUUUAAAUACAGCUUUUUGUAUCUUAGUAAGGGUGCGAGAUUAAUACAACAGCUAAGAUCUCUCU